UGGCUGCACAGCGCCCACUGGCAUUGGGGCACCCAAAAUACCAAUGGCGCAGAGCACACAAUCAAUGGCCAACACUAUGCCAUGGAGAUGCACGUGGUUCACACUAAAAACAACAUGAGUUUAGAAGAUGCGAAGAAGGAUCCUCAAGGAUUGGUUGUCCUGGCAUUCUUCAUGCAGAUAUCCCAAGGGGUUUACUAUAUCACUCCAUGGACCACUCUAGCCAAUCUUCUCGACAAAAUCCCAGAAAAAGAUGAUUCUUGGGAUCUGAAUGGGGAAUUCUCUCUGGGUGGUUUAUUGAAGACAGCAGAUGUAAGCAGUUAUUACUGCUACAGCGGUUCUCUCACUUCUCCAAACUGUGAAGAGUCUGUGAUCUGGAUUGUCUUUCGAGAACCCAUUGGGAUUUUUUACCAAGAGGUUGAAAAAAUGACAAAUUCACUAUAUUUUACUACCAUUGAGGAGGACAGGCAAAUGCAAAACAAUUUCCGCCUUGUGCAGCCCUUGAAUGGUCGAAAUGUCUAUUACUACCAGGAACAUAAAGAACUGAGUUAUUGCCUGAAAAGGUGGUUUAACAUAAUAUUUUGAAGAGAACUUCAGAUCCUCCUGAAGAAGACCUGGUCUUCGCAUCUUGAAUGUUGUGAGUCUAAUUUUGCACAACAUUAAAUGAAUGCAGUAAUAUCCA